GAAGAUAUAUUGAACGAUCACAACAAAUAUCGAAAAUUGCACGAUGUUCCUCCUCUGAAGCUAAAUAUAAAUAUGACUAUGCUUGCGGCUGGGUGGGCAGAGAAAUUGGCUGUGGAAGGCAUAUUCAAGCAUAGUACAGGUAGAUUAGGAGAGAAUUUAUUUUCUACAACUGGCCCGAAAUUUGAUUGCGUGGCCUCCUGGUAUAGCGUUUGGAAAAGUACCGCCAGCUUAGGCGUUGGAAAAUAUACCCAGAAGAAAAAAACAGUGGUGGUUGUUAAUUAUGCACCUGCUGGUAACGUAAUCGGAAAAUUUAAGCAAAACGUAAUGCCCCUAAAGGAGAUGAACUAUAUUUAAUAUAUUUGAAUGGAUUGAAAUUUUCAAUGCCAGACUAUCUUUUUUUAUUGAAAAUAUAAAUAAAUAUAAAAAAUUUA